AUCGCAAACACGCACUACCCUCCUCAUUCCCCGCGGCUCCAACAACGACGGGCCGACAUGGCCUCCACCGCCAUCGCCAAGGGCCGCGCCGGCGUCACGGAGGAGGCCAAGGCGGAGUGGUGGCUGCGCUUCAACAACGGCGCCCCCGCUGCUGAUGACGCCGGCGCCGCGGACAGCGGCGACGAGGCCGAGGGUGCCGGCGGCGGCAGGGCGGGGGUGGCGGUGAGCGGCGGGAGCGCGGCGCGCGUCGCGGGUGCCGGGGACGAGGAGGAGGCGGAGAUGGGGUCCGGAGACGGGAGGGCCGCGGCCGCGGCGAGAGGCGCGAAGGCGGAGCUCGUCGCGCCCGGCGGCGAGGUGGCGCCGGCGGGCGCCGGCGGCAAGAGGCGGAGCAGCGCGCGGUCCGCUGAUCGCGCCAAACUCGAUGAUGACAUUUCUGGAGGCAACAAUGUUUUACCUGGGGAGCUGCCACGAAGCAAGAGGAAGGCAAUCGCGAAGCGCAGCAAGCCCAAGGUUGAUGGAGUUGAGGUCCAGAAUGACAUGAGUCAAGCUCAGAGUCCGUGCCCGGUGCUUAAGGGCCAUGAACAGGCCAAUGGCGAGGUUGAGAAUCUGAGGUUGCAGCUGGCUCAGAAGACGAGCGAGCUCAAGCAGGAAGAGAACCGUAUGCUCAAGUUAGAGUUGCUUCUGAAGACGAAGGAGAUGGAGUCCCUGCAGAAGGAGAAUGAAGAACUGAAAGCUGAGAAUGAGCAACUUAGAAAGAAUGUGAAGCCAGAAAGAGCCCGAAGGUUAUGCAGGUCCUGUAAUACACGCGUCUUUCAUGACUACCGCAACUGCCCUAAGAGGCGACAAGCUGCUAGUUCCCCUGAAGAAGAGGAAGCAGCGGAUGCUUACUAACACUGCAAGGCCACAGCUUGUUCAUCACACCCCAUUUGCAUCCAAUCAUCGAUCUGUUGAUACCUAGGAAUUCGCAUUCUCUUUUGUUCGUUGUAGUGAAAGGGGGUUUUUAAGGUUGUUUACUCGUGUCAGGUAGCAGUCGAACUAGUGGAUUUGCUGCAGAACAUGAAGAUGCAUGCAUCUAACCAGUCGCCUUUUAUGUUAGCAUAUAUGAUGCUAGGAUGUUUAUUGUUAUCUAAAUCAGGAGCUUCCCUGCAAUUCUUACGCCCUGAACUUUCUGAUUUAGUCGUCAGUGAACUGCGAUUCAGCCAACAGAAAGUUGUGUUCUUUUGCAUGAUGUGUA